AUGAAAAGAAGUGCUGACAGAAGGAAACUGAUCGUGUCAUUGGGUAUCACGAAACUACUUGCAAUCGCAUAUUUCACAUCUUCCUGGAAUAUCUACAAUAACCGAGUCGACAAAAUCGAAAAAUGCCUCAGUGUGUUCCAAAGCAACGGCAGCUUGAAAAGUGACCUCAAGUGGGAAUUGCCACAUUGCAAACUCAAGAUUUUCCCGCAAAUAGACUCGGAAUCGUGUCUCAAGCGCAGAUUCGCAAAGAAUCUCAACAACAGGUUCUUCUUUUUCGGAGACUCGACCAUUCGGAUAAAGGCUUUGACCUUGGCAAAGUUCUUCAAUCUCACACGGGAUUGCAAGGAAAAUUGCGAAGACCUUAGACUGGUGUUGAAUAUACACUGGGAAGAUGCAGACUCAAACACAACCAUCGACUACCUUCUGAAUCCCUUCUUCAACCCCUACACAGAGCUUCCCGAAGGUGCACCAACUGUCCUGUUUGGAGGUGCAGCGUGGUUUUCCCGUCCACCAGAGCAUUUGACAUUCGUUCAAGGCCAUUACUUUGACCUGUUACAUCUUCCGAUACCAGUAAAACUUGGAAUACACAAAGCGAGACUUGACCGACUACUGAACCACCUCAUCACAUUCUGGAAAAUAGAGACCAUCAUCUGGAUUCUUCCGGAAACGAUGCUCGGCAAUUUGACACAGUAUAACGAGCAUAUUGACAUUUACAUUCAGCAAAGUCUUGAGGUGAUUUCAAAGUACCCGGACACGGUGAUCGUUUGGUCCAGUUGGAGGAUGUUCUUUGAUCAGUUGAAGAACGCAGAAGGACUCGGAAGUAUAAUGAGUGAUGAUGUUCACGUGAAGGACCAAUACGAGUUCCCCGGGAUGCAGCCGUUGCUGAAUUUCCUGUGCAACCCAGUUGAUGAAAAUCUUGAUUCGGAUUACUGCUGUCACAAAUCUGAUGUUUUCCUGAAAGAAGAGAAGAAAAAUCUUUGA